AUGUUCGAUGAUUAUGUUGAACAUGCUACCACGGACGCCGGAAAGCAGAGUCAAGUCUCCGGGGCUGUUCCCCAGUUGCAAUACGAAGGUUUCGAACCUUCGCCCUACGACACAAACGACGUUCGAGCGGACAUAGAAGAAGCAAUGGACACUGCCUCUGAGGUGCCAGCUGCGCCGAUAUUCGAACUCGGCAGAGUCCAAUAUGCCUUCCCAGCCCCUCUUGUGUCUUGCGUCGUCAGCUCCGACAUGCUCGCUAUGGGAUUAUCUUCAAACACGAUCGUCCUGAUUGAGCUCUCGCACGCGGAACAGGUAGUCAAGAUACAAAUACCUCGCAAGCCCCAGGACAUGACGAUAUAUAAACUCUUCAUGGAUCCUUCAGGGCGACAUAUCAUCAUUACUUCUGUCCAAGGGGAGAAUUGGUACCUACAUCGGACAUGGAAGAAGCCUCGGCCGUUGAAGGGAUUCAAGAUGAUCAUCGAGAGUAUUGCUUGGAAUAAGCCCGCCUUGCUCUCAUCAAGUCACUCCACGUCUACAAAGGAAUUGCUUAUUGGCGCGAGAAAUGGGACCAUCUAUGAAGCAGUGCUCGAUGCCGAGGAAGACUUCUUCAAGUCUUCAGAAAGGUAUCUCCAAUCCGUAUUUUCGCUGCCCGAGCGUCAUCCUAUUACUGGAAUCAAAUUCGACUACUUUCCACCCUCGGAUCCAAAGAAGGCUCUUGUACUUGUAACCACCCCUACCCGAAUAUAUCAAUUCGCUGGUCCCAUCGAAAGAAAGUCGGACGACAUAGGACGGGUCUUCGCGGCUUUAUUUGCGACCUAUCGUGAAACUGCACCGAAGAUUUUGGAGCUCCCUGGGGACCUGCAACAUUCUGAAUUACAGUUCUUUACACCGAAUCCCGGCCAGGCACUGUCGCUUCCAAAGCGAGUGGCCUGGAUGACUGGACCUGGUAUCUACCAUGGAUCCGUCAGCGUGGACUCUGAUUCAGAAGAUCACAUCGACAGUGCUGCUCUUCUCCCUUAUCCUCCUUCUGCGGGAAGUGAUGUUGCUGAAGUGCCGCUGUCACUCAGCCUAACAGAAUUCCACUUUAUCCUGCUCUACAAAGAUCGCGUAGUAGGGAUUUGUAAUUUGGAUGACAAGACUACGUACGAAGAAACAUUACCCAUCAAAAGCAACGAAGCCGUACUUGGCCUUGCAGCUGAUCCUGUGCGGAAGACGUACUGGGUGUUCACAGAUCAGUCUCUGUUCGAAAUAGUUGUAGGCAAUGAGGAUCGUGACGUUUGGAAAAUAUACUUGGACAAGUCUCAGUUCGACGUUGCUCUUCGCUAUGCCAAAACUGCCUUGCAAAGGGAUCAGGUUUUGAUCGCACAAGCAAACAACUUCUUCAUCAACAGGCAUUUCUUCCAAGCUGCCCAAUGUUACGCGCAUUGCUCUGCGACAUUCGAGGAAGUUUCAUUGAAGUUCCUUGACGUUGCUGAAAGAGAUUCGUUGAGAUCUUACCUGAUCUCCAGGUUGGAAAGGACACGGAAAACGGACCUAACACAACGGAUGAUGCUUGCAACGUGGCUCGUUGAAUUCUAUCUCAGCAAAUGCAACGAGCUGGAUGAUAUUGUUGCCUCGGAAUCUGUCUCACAAGAUGUUGAAAAUCUUCGAGCUGAGCGAACGAUAGUGGAAGAAGAUCUUCGUCAUUUCUUCGAGACAUACAGGGCUAACUUGGAUAAGGAGACCGUGUACGACUUGAUCCAAGGUCAUGGCCGCACAGACAUGUACCUUUUCUAUGCCACGACUAUCGGUGACUUCGAGCGAGUGGUUGAGCACUGGGUUUUGGAAGAGCAGUGGACCAAGGCUAUCGAAGUGAUCAGCCGUCAGUCUGACAUAGAACUCUACUAUCGCUUCGGCCCAGUCCUUAUGCAUCAAGCGCCAAAGGACACUGUUGACUCCUGGCUUCGACAACCCUCAAUAAACCCCCUUCGCCUAGUUCCAUCACUUCUUCAACUACAACAUGCUGUCCGCGAUCCUUUGUCUCCAAAUCAUGCUAUUCGGUAUCUCAACCACGUUAUCUUCGAACAAAAUAACACCUCUCCAACCAUCCACAACCUGCUUAUCACCUUCUAUGUUUCGCCGACAUCGCCUCCUUCAUCUACUCCCUCCGAUGACGAUGGACCCCUGCUACGCUUCCUCACCACUGCACCAACAGAUCCAAUCACGGGCAGACCUUAUUAUGAUCUUGAUUAUGCCCUGCGAAUAUGCAAGCUCGCUGGUCGAACACAACCAUGUGUCCACAUCUAUUCUAAAAUGGGUCUUUGGGAGAACAGCGUUGAACUUGCGUUGGAGAAGGGGGACUUGGAGCUGGCUAAGAUCAAUGCAGACAUGCCGGAGGAUGAUCAACCGUUGCGGAAGAAGCUGUGGCUGAAGAUCGCUCGCUAUGUCGUUCAGGAUAAGAAAGACAUCAAAUCUGCAAUGCGUUUCUUGGAAAAUGCGGACCUGCUAAAGAUUGAAGACAUCCUGCCUUUCUUCCCUGACUUUGUCGUCAUCGACGAUUUCAAGGAAGAAAUUGCCCAUGCUUUGGAAGGUUAUUCGGCACAAAUCGACACUCUCAAGGCGGACAUGGACGAGGCGACCAGGACAGCUGAAUCUAUUAAACAGGAUAUCGCUGCAUUGAAGAAUCGGUUCAUCACGAUCGACGCCAACGAGCAAUGCUCUCAUUGCUCUACUCUCUUGCUGACAAGACAGUUCUACGUUUUCCCAUGUCACCACACGUUCCAUGCUGACUGCUUGAUUGGUUUGGCGAAAGAAUACCUUCCACCCUACUCGUUACGUAGGAUUGUCACCCUCCAGACGGAGUUGCUAAAAGACGCGAGAAAUCGUGGACAAGUCAGUAAACCCACACUCGUCAUCUCUAGUCCACCUAGUGGACGUCACCCGACAACCCAACGGACAUUGCUCUCAUCAAACUUUGGACCCAUUGUGAACCCAUUGCAGAACGGCGCUAAAGCUGCCAACCUAUUAGGACGUAGUGUCAUUUCCGCUGGGGAUCGCCUACGCGACCUUAUCAUCCCGGAUGCCCUUGCUGCCCUAGUGACUACCCCCAACUGGCUACCAGGGAUGGGUGGUAACAGUCGCACAACGGGCUACGAGCAGACGAUGGGGGAGAAGAGGCUCGAGAGCAUGAGAACUGAGUUGGAACAACUGCUUUCUAGCAAUUGCCCGCUUUGCGAGAGUGUAGUGGCUGGGUUAGACAAGCCAUUCGUAAUGGACGGCGAAGUAGAUACGUCGUGGACGCUAUAG